AUGGUUCCUGGCGGUGAGAACAAGCUUCCUGGCGGUGAGGAAAAGGUUCCUGGCGGUGAGGACCAGGUUCCUGCCGGUGAGAUCAAGGUUCCUGGCCUAGAGGACAAGGUUCCUGGCGACGAGGACAAGGUUACUGGCUGUGAGGACUAGGUUACUGGCGGUGAGGACAAGGUUCCUGGCCGUGAGGACAAGGUUCCUGGCCGUGAGGACAAGGUUCCUGGCGGUGAGGACAUGGUUCCCGGCAGUGCGGACAAGAUUCCUGCCGGUGAGGACAAGGUUCCUGGCGGUGAGGACAAGGUUCCUUGCGGUGAGGAAAAGGUUCCUGGCAGUGAGAACAAGGUUAAUUACUGGCUGUGAGGACAAGGUUACUGGCAUGAGGACAAGAUUCCUGUCCGUGAGGAGAAGGUUCCUGGCGGUGAGGGCAAGUUUCCUGGCGGUGAGGAGAAGGUUCCUGGCGGUGAGGACAAUGUUCCUGGCGGUGACGACAAGGUUACUGGCUGUGAGGACAAGGUUCCUGUCGGUGAGAACUAGGUUCCUGGCGGUGAGGACAAGGCUCCUGGCGGUAAGGACAAGGUUCCUGGCGGUGAGGACAAGGUUACUCUCGGUAAGGACAAGGCUCCUGGCGGUGAGGACAAGGUUCCUGGCGGUGAGGACAAGCUUCCUGGCGGUGAGGACAAGGUUCCUGGCGGUGAAGUCAAGGUUCCUGGCGGUGAGGACAAGGUUCCUGACUGUGAGGACAAGGCUGCUGGCGGUGAGGACAAGGUUCCUGGCGGUGAGGACAAGGUUAGUGGCUGUGAGGACAAAGUUACUGGCUGUGAGGACAACGUUCCUGGCGAUGAGGACAAGGUUCCUGGCCGUGAGGACAAGGUUCCUGGCGGUGAGGACAAGGUUCCUGGCGGUGAGGACAAGGUUACUGGCUGUGAGGACAAGGUUCCUGACGGUGAGGAGAAGGGUCCUGGCGGUGAGGACAAGGUUCCUGGCGGUGAGGACAAGGUUCGUGGCCGUGAGGACAAAGUUCCUGGCCGUGAGGACAAGGUUCCUGGCGGUGAGGACAAGGUUCCUGGCGGUUAG